GUGGAGAGUAAGAGAGAGAAAGGAAGAGAAUACAUUCUCUUCGCCCCCAUUCGUUUCUGAAACUUGACAUUGCGCGGACUCAGAGCUCUCUUACUCACCGAAUCAUGUUUCCAUCACCCAUCACCAACCAGUCAGUUCAUACAGAGGCACCAUCCAUCCAAGGGUCUUCAGCAUUGGUGCCGGUGAAUUUGAAUGAAGACCCUGUUGGUACACCGGACAAUGUGCAAACUGGAGGAUAUCAACAGGCAGACUACUUCUUCCGACAUUCCCAAAAACUGCAAGAUGAUCUGCGUAAGUCAGGGAUAAAAAUUAAGCAGCAUGAGGACAGCAUAAGUCUUUUGAACACUGAAAGAAACAAAUUGGAAGACUCAAUUCGUAAUUUGCAAGUUACUAUUGGGAAAUCAGAGUCUUCAAGUACAACCAAGAUUGGUAAUGUGGACAAUCCCAACCCUACAACCGAUGAAGAGGUAAAUAAACAGAUAUUGCAGCAUGAAAAAUCUGCUGCUGGUAUUUUGUGCCAGCUGAAGACUCGUCAUGGAGCUCAGGUUUCUCAUCUUACACCGACAAAGGAUGUUGUGGGUAUUGUUGCUAUGCUGGGCAAAAUAGAGGAUGACAAUCUUAGCAGACUUUUCUCAGAGUAUAUAGGAGUGGAGACUAUGCUGGCAAUUGUUUGUAGAACUUAUGAAGGAGUUAAAGCUAUUGAAAUGUAUGAUACGGAAGGCUGCAUAAAUAAAAGCUGCGGUCUUCACGGGCUAGGUGCCUCUAUUGGAAGGGCUUUGGAUGGUCGAUUUCUAGCGAUAUGUCUUGAAUCUCUGAGGCCUUAUGCUGGUAAAUAUGUGGUUGAUGAUCCACAGCGGAAGUUGGACAUUUUAAACCCAAGAUUACCCAAUGGGGAGUGUCCAGCUGGAUUUCUUGGCUUUGCUGUAAAUAUGAUUAGUGUAGACAGCUCAAACCUAUUUUGUGUAACUCCCAGUGGUUAUGGCCUCAGAGAAACUCUGUUUUAUAAUCUCUUUUCUCGCCUUCAAGUAUAUAAGACAAGGGCUGAAAUGCUACAAGCACUUCCUUGCAUAAGUGAUGGAGCUCUUUCUUUAGAUGGAGGAAUGGUUAGGAGUUGUGGUGUAUUUUCCUUGGGUAAUAGGGAAGAUGUACAUGUGAGAUUCCCCACACCAGAAAAAUCAAUGGGGCUUGAUAACAACAUUGAAAUUGAGACACAAUUGAAGGAAAUGACAUGGAAGAAGGAAAAGAUUCUGGAGGAAUUAAAAAGGGAACGGACGUUGUUGGACAUGGCAAAGUUCAAUUUCAAUAAAAAGAGGAAUGAGUUUGUUAAGUUUUUGGCACAAAGUUCAUCCUAUGCAACUGAGGUUCAGACCGCUCCUAACAGAUUCACAUCUAGAUGAUGAAAUUAAGGCUGGCAGCAAGGUAUGAAGAAGAGAGCCUGUGACUAGCAACUUGUUUUUGUACAUGAGCUUGUAGCUCCUAUCCAAUUUAUAAUCUGGCUCUGGAAGGAGAAUCUUCUCAUAAAUUUUGGAUAGAAAACAAGCACAUUGUUUUUUUUUUUUUUUUUUUUUGUUGUUGAAGCUAGAGGCCAUUCUUCAGUUAACGCUUCAUUUUUAUUCAAUUUCUGCUGUGAAGAAAUAUCAGAUUAGCCUUUAAGACACUAGUAUCAGAUUUGAUUACCCUUCAAGACAAGACGUACAGGUUAGAACAACCAUUUUCUUGGUUCUUUGUAUAUCAAUUAGUCCAUUAUACUCUUCUGUAUUGAGUGUGAUUGGAGGCUGUGAAUGUUGUACAUCUAUGUUAAGCAUUUC